ACUGUGUCGUGGACAGGGGCUUUGCGGGGAAUUGCAUCAUCCCGUCUUGUCGGGGGUUCUGGGCCAAUCAUAGAGAUACAGCGGUCGGCUUUUCUCAGCCUUGCAGAGAAGGCGGAAGUUUUUGCCCGACUUUUUUUUUCCGAGUUCGGGAAAUCGACAAAAGAUUGGAUUUGUUUGUUCAGCCUCGACAUUGACAGCAAAUUACUAUCGUCACUCUUAGUUUAACUGAGACGAGACAGUGGCGCGCGGCUUGUUAUCGGGGUUUCGCGCGUCGAUUGCGCGGACGUGGUCGAUCGGCCGACCAAGAGCGCUCUUCUUUCCUAUGGCCUCGGAUGCGACGACACCAGCAGCCCCAGCGCCGGCUGCACCUGCGGCUAUGGCUGGGGCUGCUGUGAAAAAGCCGAAACUCCAUGGCCGCGCCUUCUACGAGAGUCUUGGCUCACCCAAAUACAUCGUUGCGCCCAUGGUGGACCAGUCUGAGUUUGCCUGGCGCAUGCUUUCACGAUCCUUCCUCCCCGAAUCCGAACAGUCGGGCUUGCUCGCAUACUCGCCCAUGUUCCACGCCCGACUCUUCAGCGAGAGCCAAAAGUACCGUGAUCAGCACUUCCAGGCGACAAAACCUAACUCCGAUAAAAUCUACCUCGACGGUAACCCCGCCAUCGACCGUCCCUUAUUCGUACAAUUCUGUGCAAACGAACCACAAGCGCUCCUCAGCGCGGCAAAGCUAGCCGCUCCAUACUGUGAUGCGGUUGAUCUCAACCUGGGCUGCCCUCAGGGUAUUGCCAAGAAGGGCUACUACGGCUCGUUCUUGCAGGAGGACCAGGACUUGAUACACCGGCUGGUCAAGAUCCUCCACGAGAACCUCGACAUACCCGUUACGGCCAAGAUACGGAUCCUCGAAACGAAAGAGGCAACACUCAAGUAUGCGCAGAACGUCCUCAGCGCGGGCGCGAGCAUCUUGACGGUACAUGGACGUCUGCGCGAGCAGAAGGGGCACUUGACCGGCCUCGCCGACUGGCAAAUGAUCCGCUAUCUGCGCGACAACCUCCCGCCAGAAACAGUCCUCUUCGCCAACGGGAACGUGCUCCAGUACGAAGACAUCGCCAAAUGUCUCGCUGCGACCGGCGCGGACGGCAUCAUGAGCGCCGAAGGCAACCUCAGCAACCCAGGCAUCUUCGCCGCGCCGCCGUUAGCGGGCCAAGAACCGCGCGGCUACUGGCGCGGGAAGGACGGCAAGGGCGGGUGGCGCGUCGACGAAGUCUUCCGCCGCUACCUCGACAUCAUCCACCAGCACGUACUCGGCGUAGCCCCACCGCAGCGGCGCCCGCUAUUCGUCCCCGGCGACGGCGACACGGCGUGGCUGGCCGAAGAGAUCACGCUGCCGGAGCCGGAGGGCCCCCGGAAGCGGCGCGGCGACGCGGCCAAGGACAACCCGGCGCUGCUGGCGGCCAACUUUGUCGGCAUGCAGCCGCACCUGUUCCACCUGCUGCGGCACUUCGUGUCGCGCCACCACGACGUGCGCGCCGCGCUCGGCCGCGCCCGCCUCGGCGAGAUGGCCCAUUACGAGGCCCUCUGCCGCAUGGUCGAGAAGAAGGUCGCCGAGGGCCUGUGCGAGUAUGAUGCUACCGGCGGCGCUAGCGUUGAUGCGGAUAUGCCGACCACCACGCCCGAGCAGGAGGCGGAUCCGGAGAGCUCUGCCCGCGCCAUCCGCGAGUGUAAGCGGCCGUGGUGGGUUGUGCAGCCGAUUAUUCGGCCGCUGCCUAAGGAGGCUAUGGCCAAGGGCGCGAUACAGAUGAGCAAGAAGGAGCGGAAGCGGGUGGCGGCGGAGAUGGAGGGGAAGGAGGAGAAGGACGCGAAGAAGAGGGGUGGGGAAGUGGCGGGGGGUAAGGAGGCUGCCGUGACCGCUGCGGUGACGGAGUCGCUGGAGAAGACGACGAGCUAUCCGUCGAGUGGGCUGGUCAGCGGUUGAGAGGCCCGAGAGGGCUGCCUUUUGGUGGGUGAUCUCACCACCGGGGGCAGAACCAAGACUCGUACGUGGAAAGGCGGACUCAGUCCCCUGAUCCGAUCCGAACGUCGGCCGACUUCCUGGGGCUACGGCCCGACAAGGUCCGGGAGGAACUACGAGCUCAGCUACACGGGGUGGUUAUCCCGUGUGAUAUUGGG